ACACAUGCAGACAUCUUCCCUCUUCACCCCCCCUCCUAUUUCUCCCACAGUGGCUCAGUUUUACUUUCCAUCUCCUACCAUGAUAUCACUUCUCCACCGGAAUUUCCAUUUCUGUUCUAUUCUUUUUUGUGGGAUCCCCCAGAUGCCCCUAUAAAAAGAGGCUCCAAGCAUGAGCCAGAAGCACAGAUCUCCAGAAUCUCUCAACCUGUGCCCUGAUCCACCAGCUCCUCUCUCCUCUCAGGAUCAUGAAGGUCUCUGUGGCUGCUCUCUCCAUCCUCAUGAUCAUGGCCUUCAGCUCUCUGGCAUCUUCUGCACCAAUGGGCUCUGACCCUCCCAUCUCCUGCUGCUUCUCCUAUGUCAGCCAACAGAUCCAGAGAAAAUUUGUGACAGACUAUUAUGAGACCAGCAGCCUGUGUUCCCAGCCAGCUGUGGUGUUCCUGACCAAAAGGGGCCGGCAGGUGUGCGCCAAUCCCACUGAUGCCUGGGUGCAGAACUAUGUGGAAGACCUGGAGCUAAACUGAGGGGCCUGGGAGAAAGGACAAUGAAUCAUAAAGGAAAAUGGAUCAAACUGAUGAAUUCCCCAGUCAGAUGCAUUCUCUCCAGCCUUUCUGAGAUAUUCUCUCCUAUUUUAAUUCAUUUUUCUCUAUGAGACUUAAUUUAUGUAAUUUAUUUGGUGUCCACUUUGGGUAUUUGUUUUUGCUAUUUGCACUUCAGGAAGUCAACUGUUCCCCAUGGGAAAAUCUAUUAGCCUUCUGGCCUCUCUUUGUUAGGAUCUUUUGGGUCACCUGCUGGAUUCCAUGAAUACCUGCAGCACAAUUUUGGAAUAAAACUUUUCAAAUCCAUACCCUUUUUUCUCAUUUAUUUAUUUAUUUGAAAUGUAAAACAAGAAAUAAAAUAGGAAAAAAUGAGAGAAAUGCAACAACAACUAAUUGUCAUUUGCCCAGGAGAACAUUGGGCAGUAUUCAAAAUGUGAAACAAUAAAUUUCCAUUUGGAGAAAGCAUAUAUAAUAAUAUAAUA